AUGGAAAUUCCUUCAAAGUUUUGCGAUAUAUGCCAAUAUAUCAAACUUGAGGACUACCUCUACACUGACGAACACCACAGCACCGUCAGACUGGGGCGUUUCCAGGACAUUGCCAAGAGAACUCAAUGCCCUCUUUGCUGCCUCGCGAUCAAAGCAUUCAAUGUCCACGCCAGGACCUUUUGGAAGACUGAUGUAUACCCUGUCGAAGUUUGUUACUUAGGCAGAUAUCACGAACAAUCGAAUAAGCGCGGCCUCCAGCUUUGGUUUGAUUCAACCACCGACACAUACCCAGAAGGCAUAUCGGGCUACACUACAACCGUUGCAGAGAUCGUUCCCCUGUUCCAAAUACAAGCACUUGCACACACGGCCGGUAAGGCCGGCAAAUCACACCAUGCUCGACUUCUAGGGGAGAUGGCUGAUAUUGCUCUCAUUCGAGACUGGAUGCGCCAGUGUGCUUUAUCUCAUGGUUCGAAGUGUAACCCACCAAAGCCUCACCCCACGGAGCUCCCAGGCUUGAGAUUAUUAUUGGUCGAUGUUUUAGGCAUGAAACUGGUAGAAUCUGCAUGGGAAUCUCGGUACAUGGCUCUGAGCUACGUGUGGGGUUGGACCAAGAGUUUGAGAUGCACAAAGGCAAACAUCAACGAUCUUCGACAGGACGGGUCGCUGCAAGAGUUGAGGGACGAGAUGCCGCGCGCAAUCAGUGAUGCCAUCUGCCUUACCAAAGCUGUCGGUGAGAGAUAUCUCUGGGUUGAUGCACUUUGCAUCAUUCAGGAUGACGACGACUCAAAGCGUGUUUAUAUUUCACGCAUGGACCAGAUCUAUAGCAAUGCAUGCGUAACCUUGGUAACCCUGACACCAAAACACGCCGAAUCAGCACUUCCAGGGAUCACGCACCCGCGUAACCUCGUCCAAACGCCUGUAGAGAUUAAUGACUCGUACCUCGUUCAAAGACUGCCGCAUCUUUCUGAUGUUGUACAGGACUCUUCUUGGAAUUCUCGGGCCUGGACCUUCCAGGAAGGCAUCUUAUCUCGGCGUUGUUUGUAUUUUGCAGAGCACCAAGUAUUUUGGCAAUGUCGCACCAGUUACCAAUCGGAGGAUCAUCCGGACAACCACGAAAUCGAUUCGCCUACUCUAGAAGGGGGCUGGAUGGCUCACACUUUUGGCCAAGAAACCGGAGAUGAUCCAAGCGCACAAUUCAGACUCUAUCGAUCGCUUACUAAGUCGUAUUGCCACAGAUAUCUGACCUUCCCUAGUGAUGCACUCAAUGCUUUUUCUGGCAUCCUGUCUUCUCUGACGCACAUGCUUGACUGGAAGUUCGCGUGUGCUCUGCCGGAAUCGCUCUUCGACUUCGCAUUGCUUUGGAAACCGCAGCUCCAAAAAUCCAGAGCCAGGUGGUCGUCUGAUGAAAGGAGAGAGUCAAGUUGCACAUUACCCACUUGGUGUUGGACAGCUUGGAAAAAUCAAAUCUGGUGGGACCCAUGGCGUCUGGAUUCUUUUGCAGGACAGGACGUCACUGUGAAGACGGAAGUCGGAAGCUUUUGGAUUCGCGACUCAAGCGGGAUACGCCAAAUUCGGAGAAUCCAGGGUCCUGACCAAGACACUGAAAUGGGCAGCCUUAUAAGUAUUGAACAGAUGAUGCCGCCGUACUCAAUAUGUUUUGAAGCCAAGACCAUAUCCCUUGAGGCGUACGCCAUCUCAGAACCCCGCCUGCAGCAAAGCGCUGUGUGGAGGAAUGGAGAAGCGGGUGGUGGCUUGUCCCCGUUUUACCGCCGAACAGUAGCCGGCUCGAUCUGGAUUUAUGAUAUUGCUGGUCAGCACUGCGGAACAAUCCAUAAGUAUGACAUUGAUUCAGAGAUGAAGCUGCACAACAACUCCCACCGUCAUGACUUGGUCAUGCUAUCUCGAAGUACCCAAGCCCAAGUCACUGCGGCGACCAUCCAAGACUACAAACACCGUCUGCCCCCCGAAUACCCGUCUGACAGAGAGUACUACGAGGAGAUCUUUGACACACGUCAUUAUUGCUACAAAAAUGACUGGGCUAUCAAUAUCAUGCUGGUGCGGUGGGAAGAUGGUUUGGCGCAGCGUGUGUCUGUUGGACAGAUUCAUGUUGACGCUUGGAAUGAAUCGAUCCACAAGUCAAUUAUGAUUACACUCGUUUGA